GGGAUCACCGACGAGUGUAACGCAUGUGUGGCAGCGGCUCGGCACAAGAACGUCUCCAAAUGUAACCCCUCCACAACAAAUGAGGCUCCAGCUCCACCACUAAAACCAGAUCGGCCCUUCCUCACCAGAUCGGCCCUUCCUCACCACAACUUUAGAUACGCCCACCGCCACCUAGACUGCGGGCCCCACCGCCCUAAUCCCAAACCACGUUUCUCUCUCUACUUUCCACCCGUAAAACGUGGAGUACUAUUCGUUUACUCUGUUUCUCUCUCUCUCUCUCUCUCUCUCUCUUGAAACGUUGAUGCGAUCGUUCCUGUGAAAUUCGGCGAUGGUCUGGUCAGUUAGUGAGCGAGUGGUGGAAUCUAACUUUGGUGUGGUCAUCUGCUGCCGUUUCUUCUGCAAUGUUUGAUUGGAACGACGAAGAGUUUGCAAAUAUAAUAUGGUGUGAGGAGGGCGAGACUGAUGACCAUAUUGUUCCGUAUCCCGAGGGAAAUGAAGAUAGACCUCCAGGUUUAUAUGGAGGUCACAUAAAGAAGGAAUGGAAUCAAGAAGCUACAAAUGCUAAGCCACCUGUGCAGAAUAAAUCUCUUAAUAACGAUGACUACGCCCGGGAUAAACGAGAGGGUGCUUUGCGAUACGACUCCGCCGAGGGAACUUCUGCGGGACGAUGUAGGAUGGAACCAUGGCCUGAUUUGUCUGUAUCACAUGCCUCCAAAACUCAUCAGGAUUCAAUGGGAACUGAAGUAUCUAAGGAUUUAACUGAAAUCACCGAAAUUGAUUCCUCUAGGUGUGAUGCAACGUCUCAACUAGAUGGAAGUUCCAGUAUUUUUCAGAAUCAGCUUGAUGAUGGGGAGCAAAGUGACUUUGUUGACUAUGGCUGGGAUAACAUUGGAAGCUUUGAUGAUCUGGAUAGAAUUUUCAGUGAUGAUGACCAAAUAUUUGGGCAUGUAAGUCUUGGUAAGGAUGAUCAGCCUUGGUCAUCUUUCAAAGAAUCAACAUGUACUGCGGAAAAAUCUUUUCCGUUAUGCGUGGACUCCACAAGCUUGGGUCUAGGAACAACGGGGAGCCCGUCUGGCCAUUUUAAAAUAAAAACAGAAUAUGUACAAGAUCAAGACCAGUCUUUCACCCAAGGCUUUGGGAAAAUGAGCUUUCUGAGUUCCCAUGCUCAAAACAAUGUACAUGCAAGUGCUCAUCAGGUGGACUUUAUGGGAGGUAAAAGCAAGUUUGUAGCAAAAGAAAAGGUGAGUAACAAGGAAAAACUUUCAGAAACCAGGAAAAAAACAGGGGGAGGACAUGAAGGACAACACUUGCAGGAUUCUAGUACCUGGUCUCCAAGUGGAAACAAACUGCAACAAAUUGAAAUGCCUCGGAUUUGUACUGGUUAUGCCCUUGGUGAUCAAACACAGCUUCAGUCAUUCAACUCAUCUGUGGCCCCUCCAGGGCGAGGAAACAUCAGAAAUCCAUAUCCAACCAUGGCGAGUUUGCCUCAUUCUCACUAUAGAGAAGAGGAAAGACCAGUGUUUUCUGGUUGUGAAGUUUCUACAAGCACCACAAAUCCUUUAAGCAUGUUCCCAGGAACUUUCACAAAGCCUCUGACAAUGACACCGCAGGAGAAAAUUGAAAAAUUGAGGCGGCGGCAGCAAAUGCAGGCACUACUUGCUAUUCAAAGGCAGCAGCAGCAAUUUAGUAAUAAAGUCUCCAGUAGUGAUCACUCUGUUUCUCUUAAGUGUCAUGAUGAUCAAAUUCAGCUGAUGCCAGGAGGGAAUAUUGAAGUUGAAGAAACUGUCAGCACCCUACUCUCCGUUGAUCCAAACUCGCCCGCUGUACACGAUGGCUUGAACACAAUCCCUAUGGUAGUUGAUGAUUGUUAUUCAGUGGAGGCUAUAACGCUUCACCAGCUUCGAGAAAUUGUAGCAAAAUUGGACAUCCGGAUGAGAAUUUUUAUGCGAGAUAGCUUGUUUCGAUUGGCUCAAAGUGCAAUGCACAGGCAUUAUGCUGGUGAUACAAGCAGUAUAAACAAAAAUAGCGGAGAUGAACUUGAAGUCUGUACAGAUGAAACAUCUAGUCAUACGAGUUUCACUCGAAUUCCUGAUGUGGAGACAGAAACAAAUCACAUAGACCGAGCUGUGGCUCAUCUGCUCUUUCACAGGCCUGAGUUGUCUGGAAAACAUUCUCAUACACCAGAAUCACCAUCAUUGACUAAGCUCCCAUGUGAAAUAAAUACUGGUGGUUUACUGAGCUCCCCAAGAGAGUUCUUGUCUGACAAUAGCAGAAGAGAACAAAACUCCCACUUAAUCAUUGAAAAUGCUGCAAACAAGGCAUCGAAUGCAGGAGCUAAGGAGAUAGGAGCACCCAAUCAAUGAUGGAAAAGCUCGUUGAGGCAGACUGGUUCUUCAUCAAGCACAGGUCACCCUGGCUCAGGAAUCCUUCACCGAAGGAGUCUUUUUCUUUAGAUAUGCAAGAGGUUAUGUGCAUGUGUGGUUUGCAGAUUUUCUAUGUUGUGGAGAAAUCGACUCUCCUGAUGACAAUGUAGUGUCUGUUGAUGUGUACUUGAUAUGUCGCCGCGGAAGGGUGAUACUACUCCCAACUAAAAUGAUUUCUAGCUUUUCUGUGUUUCCAAAUCCUACCCAUUCCCUUAGAUACUUCUAAAUGGGUCCUCUUUUUUUUCCUUUUUGUAUCGUAAGUUUGUAACAACCAAUAUAUUCUGUAAUUUUCCAG